GGUGUUUAUAUUACAAUGUACUUCGUUAAACAAUUCAUCCACUCGAACCAAAGGAACAUGUAAUGUGUUGUGCAUUAAAUACACAUCUUUGAAAGCGUGUAGUUGUACUUUGCUCGUAGGCUGUGCACUUCCGGAAUUGGGCUGCCUUUUCGGUAUCAAAGAGUUUGACUUGCUACGCGUUAGCAGGCUAAAGCAGAGUCUUGUUUGUAAUUUCAGCUAGAUGUGCAUUGAAACUGGGUCAUUUAGACAUACGUGAAACGAAACACGUAUACCAAGCUGGUUUUGAAGUAUGAGUAACAGGCAAAAGGGAGGGCAUCAUCGUUAGCCGGGACUAGGCAGUGUUUGGUUUAUUUAGUAGAGAUACGUGUGUCUUGGGCUAUCUAGAUGGUUAGAGCUAGCCAGUCAUACGGGAACCAUGCUAGCCUAGUAUCGCGUCUCUUGCUGGCUAGCUGGAUGUGCAAGUGAGCCUAGCUAGUUUCAACGUAGGCACUCGCUAGCUAAAGCUAUCUUUUUUUUUUUGAUGGCGGCGCUAAUUUCAGGCCCGCUCAAACAGUUUUCUCCUCACUCGUCUACUAUAUAGCAAGCCAGCAGGCAACUAGUUCAUGGGUUUAUGUGUACAAAUAAAUUCAAUGUAAAAAAAAAAUGCACCCGUGGCCGCAUAGUAUGUUGCUGACUUGUAGUAAGAGACCAACCCAUGCAGUUGGGGAAUAACGCUCUAGGUUGAAAACAAGCGAGCGUUAGCACUUUCUGCGAAGUUGACUAUCGACUGGGUCUGCCUGUCAGGGAAGUGUUUGCAGUGCAGAGGCAGCAGACCUGCCUACGAAUUUGUAUGCUCUGUAACAUCCACUGUUUAGCACUCCCUGCACGACUCCCCCAAACAGUAGCUUCAGGGGAUGCCCUGUAUGUCCAAAAGCACAGCAAUGAUAGUAUCCAAGCUAUGCUCUCUCUGUUGAUGUGCAGUGCAAUCACUCGCCAUUUGCAUACAGUUCCAUGCAAGAGUACACAAAGUGUUUUUGCUUCAAGGAGUCAUUUGCAAAAGUGCCAUCAGCGACUUGCUUCUUUUUCUCGACAUGCAUGGACUUGUCGCAGGAAUCACUCAAGUGAGAUCAGAAGGACAGCAUGGCCACCACUGUAGCUGUCAGUCCCAGCGAGUACCUCCAGCCCUCAGCCACAUCCACACAAGACUCUCAGCCCUCCCCCCUGGCCCUGUUGGCCGCCACCUGCAGUAAGAUCGGCCCCCCAGCCGCCCAGGCCCCGGUCACGGCGCCCGCCGCCCAGCCCGCCACACGCCGCCUCCACCCCAUCAAGCCGGCCCCCAUCGCCCCCGCGCCCCCCAAGAACGCCCUGGGCUUCCUCACCGCGGCCGGCGCCAAGGGCACCAAUGUGAUCCAGCUGCCCGCCGGCCUGGGCGCCUCGGGCUCCAGCCCCAUCCUGCUGACCAUCCAGAGCCCCACGCGCCCGGGCGCCACGGCCACGGCGAUGCCGGCCCAGGCCAACACCAUCCAGUACCAGAUGCUGCCCCAGCUCGGCGGCGCCCAGACCAUCCAGAUGGUGCCCCAGGGCAGCCAGAUCCAGCUCAUCCCCGGCACCAACCAGGCCAUCAUCACGUCACCUGUCACGAUGCCCACCGCAUCCCCGGCGCCGGCCCAGCCUCUAGUAACCAUGGCAACAGCCACCGGAGCCUCCAUGAUGCCCCAGAAGACCGUCGCCAUCAAGCCCUCCACGCAGAAGCGGCGGCAAAGCAACGCCGGUGCUGAACAGCAGAGGGCGGUGGUGCGGCUUCCCGGCGGUCUCACGCUUCCCCUCAACGUCACCACGACGGCCACGGGCGAAAUGGUCGCAGACGCCCAGCAGGUGACCACCACAACGACACAGCAGCAAACUCCUGUGAAGUCCAGGCGGGGGCGCAAGAGGCAGACCCCGGCGGUGGCGGUGGCCCCGCAGCCCGUCGCCGUGGCCCCCCAGCCCACCUCGCCCUCGCCCGCCGUGGGGGAGCAGGUGGAGACCCUGCUCAUCGAGACCACGGCCGAGAACAUCAUACAGGCGGGUAACAACCUGCUGAUCGUGCAGCAGAGUCCCGGUGGCUCGGGCGGCCAGGUGUUGCAGCAGGUGCAGCUGGUGCAGUCCAAGCAGGAGCCGCAGCCCCAGCCCAUCCAGCCGGCACACACGCAAACCACCACCAUGACAACAACCCAGCAGCAGCAGCAGCAGGUGGUGCAGAUCCCCUCGCAGGCCCUCAAGGUGGUGCAGGCCGCCUCCGCCACGCUGCCCCAGGUGCCCCAGAAGCAGCCCGCCCCCACCGUGCAGGUGGCGCCCGCCGAGCCCACUCAGGUCCUGAUCAAGACGGCGUCGGGCGAGUGGCAGGCCGUGCAGCUCCACCAGGAGGCCACCACCGUCACCUCGCCCACGCAGCUCACCCCCGUCACCACGGCCGUCACCACCCUCCUCAACGCCGCCGCCAGCGCCGGUGGCAUCACGACGACGACGCUCACGCCCACGACGCCCAACGCGGCCCAGAAGCGCACGCUGGCCGGCGCCCGGAAGGAGCGCACGCUGCCCAAGAUCGCGCCGGCGGGAGGCCUGAUCGCCCUCAACCAGCUGUCGCCGGCCGCCGUGCAGGCCGUCCAGACCAUCAACAUCAACGGCGUGCAGGUGCAAGGCGUGCCCGUCACCAUCACCAACGCCGGAGGCCAGCAGCACUUGACGGUCCAGACGGUUCCCGGCGGCAGCCUGCAGCUCGGUGGGGUGACGGGGCAGCAGGUGGAGCAGACGCUGGCCCUGGAGCUGCCCAGCGGCGUGCCGGGGGAGAAGAAGAGGCGCAUGGCUUGCACCUGCCCCAACUGCAAGGACGCGGAGAAGAGGCCGGGCGAGUUGGGAAAGAAGAAGCAUAUCUGCCACAUCCCGGGCUGCGAGAAGACCUUCCGCAAGACGUCCCUGCUGCGGGCGCACGUGCGCCUGCACACGGGGGAGCGCCCCUUCGUCUGCAACUGGGUCUUCUGCGGCAAGCGCUUUACACGCAGCGACGAGCUGCAACGCCACGCGCGCACACACACGGGUGACAAGCGUUUCGAGUGCUCGCAGUGUCAGAAGCGCUUCAUGAGGAGCGACCACCUGACGAAGCACUACAAGACGCACAUCAACACCAAAAACCUAUGAGCCUCCACACCACCUUUUCCUCUUUCCAUCCCGCCACCUCCUCUCUCCCCCCAGCCCACCCCUGAUUGGCCUGUGCAGCAGACACAUGGGGUGGCGAGCCAGCCAGGAGGCGCAGGGCAGGGCAGGGCAGGUGGCAGAGGAUGUGCAUCACAUUGCCAUGUCAUCCAUGACAUUUCGGACAAGGACACCAUUGCCACCGCUGCCACGGCCAUGACUGACCUGCAUUAGACACCAGCAACUGUACCUGAGGAGUUCUCUUCUUUUUGGGUUGUUGGUGGGGUUGACGGGGAGGGGUGUAUUAGUUAGUCUGGUGAAGACGAAAUGGGGAUGCCCCAAAAUCCACUGCAUCCCACUCGCCUCAAGUCUCCCACUCCCACUCUUCCAUAAGUCCCUGAUUUAAUUUAAUGUCCCUUUCCUUCUUUCCCAGAGCCUCCUUUUCCUAAUAUUGCUCCUCGCUCCUGCUCCAGUGGGUUGGUGCCGUGGUCACGAGACACUGCGUUCUAUCUCUCCUCCUCAGUGUGUUUUUUCCAUGCGUUGCGGGAAAACGGAAAAAGGAGAGGGACCAGCUUCCCUAUACUUGUAGAUGUGUUGCGUAGAUUAUGUACGCACAUUGUGCGUGCGUGCGUGCUUGGAAAAAUAAACCUACCAGUAGGGGUCAUCUCGGGGGGGGGGGGGGGGGGAACAAAACGCCCCUGCGAGGUGUCAAACGCAGGCUAUGGGCCUGUGUAGUCCUUUUCUGUCCCACCAACCAAUCCCCUCUUGAUCCCUUCCUCCCAGCUUUCCUCACACCCAACCCCCCCAACCCCUUCCUUAAAUAAAGGAAGAAAAAUCACCUCAUGUCCUGCGUGCUCUAUGCCACACCUUAGGCCCUCCUGCAAAGCAUCAUGGGUAAAAAAAGACAGUGGGGUGUAGAGGAGAGACAGUAUGACUGAAAGUCAAUCUAGUUGCUCCUGUCCUCUCCUGUGGCUUCUGGCCUUGUGACUUGAGAUUUGAUGUCGUCAUUAAUGAUGGAGGUUUUUGUUCAACAUCUUUCAAAGAGUCAUUCUGUCAUUUGCAGUUGGGCUGUUGAAAGGGGGGUGGGGACUUUAUUGCGGGGAAACUUUGUUUGACGAAGAGGCAACACUCAAAAGAGGACAGAGGCUGCUGGAGAAAAGGACAGGAGGACAUAGAAUGACUUGCAACCCAUGUCAGGGAAUCACUCCAGCCAAAAUGUUUCCCCAUCAUUUCUAGAUCAUUCGGAUUAGCAAAAAGAGGCAUUGUUUGUUUGUAUUUCCGUUUUGUUUUUGUUCUUUUUGUCUUUAUUAUGUCUUGUUUAUGGUAUGGCUGUUUUUGUUUGUUUGUUUGUUUGUGUCCUUGUUGUGUUCUUUCUUACAUUUGGAACUUUGUAGUUUGCCCCCCCAGACACAACAUUUCCCUUUUUGUAAUGUCUGCGUUCUGCUUUUCGUUGAUGCAGACAUGCAUCGAUACUCAAGAGAUGAGUAGUCAAGACUCCCCUUUAUUUCUUUUUCUUUAAAAAAAAAAAAAAGAUGGCUAGGUUUGCCCUCCUCAAAGUGGUGCAUUUGUAUUGGCUCUCAUUUACACUUGGCUGUUCAAGAAGACAAGAUGAUUAUGUCAUUUGUAAUGAUAAUAUUAAUAAUAAUGAGUCUUUUUCUAUGAUGAGACAAUCAUAAGGGUGGGGGUGGGGUUUGGGCUUGGGAGGGUCCUAAGUUUAAGACGAUGCUUUAGCCUUGUAGCUUAACCUCGAUGUGCCAGCGAUGCUUUUUUUUAAAAUGCGUGAGGCUUGCUGGGCAGUAGUGUGUUGGCAUUCGAGACCGCAGGGGAGGUCAUAACGCGUACCUAGGGUAAAAAUGAUUUGCAAAAAAAAGGAGCACAUUAUGUAAGUGUGCGCUUUCCCCUGCCACAUUGUAUGAAAGCUAAAACAAAUCCCCAUACAUUCUCACAAGACUAUUUGGCAACUUUUAUUUCUCUUUUUUAAUUUUUCUAUGAAUUGGAAUUGAAUUAAAUGAUUUUUUUCUUGUUCAAAAUGGACCAUUCCUGUCUCGAAUGAAAUACACGGUUCAGUAUUGUGUCGUCAGGAUGGUUAGAGGAUCAUGGCUAACUAUGGCUUAGGCCAGUGUUUCCCAACCAGGGGUACGUGUACCACUAGGGGUACGCGAGCACACUGCAGGGGGUACUUGGAAAAUGCUUAUUAUUAUAACAAAUGAAUGGAGAAGUCAUAUUAGGACAGAGAAAGCGAUAUAGAACAUAAAUUAGGGGGUACUCAUGGCACAACUAAGAUGCUUAGGGGGUACGUAAGACAAAAAAGGUUGGGAAACACUGGCUUAGGCAGUCACUAAAUAACUAGUGCAGUGGCUCCCAAACUAGGGGUCGGGGCCCCUAAGGGGGUAGCAGAGGUCCUGCGGGGAGGUUGCGGAGAGAAGGGAAUGCGUUGCCUAAAAUCAAUUGCGCGUAUACAUGUCCUUGAUGGCAAUAUUUAGCAACAUGAAUAGUAAUGGUGGGGUGGCGUCCGCGCCAAUGUCUUAUCCUGUGCGUAUCGCUCGGUGCGUAAUUCCAAGAGCAGUAUGAUAAAAAGGAAAUGAGGAGUCGCAUACUGGAG